ACUAAACCCUCCUCACGCGCUUUCACUUGGCGCACUCUUUCCAAAGCUGAAAAAGCAGCAGAAACUCGCAGUUCAUUCAUUAACUCAAUGUAGACGCCCCUUUCGGUCUUCUCCGUUCCACUCCUUAGCUUCUGAAAAUCUCAAUUCAAUUCUCCCCGGUUCAGUCCUUUCUGGAAACAGGAAUUGUUAAUUUAUGCAUCUUACGGUGGCAAAUAAUUUAAGUUGAUCAUUGGAACUUGACAAAUACAAGGCACAAAAGUGCCCAUUGUUUCAGUGCUGUUAAGAAGUGGUACAUGAAGCUGAUAACCUUGUUUUAGAUUUCCAUUCUUACAUCAUUUCCAGCUGUGUUGGUGAACUUAGAUGGGUGUUUCCUCUUUGGAACUGCAUUCUGAAAAUAUAGCUGAUACCUGUCAAUUGUUAAUGGCGCGAUCAGACAACUUAAGUGAACAUGUUAUUGACAUACCAAGGAGUGGUGAUGCUUCCUCAUCAAACUUGUCUCAUGAAACAACUUCAAAUGGUUUGGAUGUCUUACAGCGUGAUGACAUACCGUCUAGUAGUACAAGAGCGCUAGUUUCUGAACCUCCAACAUCUUCUUCCAAUGUUAUGAACUCAAGAACUUCAUCUGCCAUAGGGAGAGGGACUGCCCGUCGUCGUCGGAGUCCAUUGAAUUCUGGUUUGUGGAUUUCUAUUGAACUGGUUCUUACAGUGAGCCAUAUUGUGGCAUCUAUUAUUGUCCUGGCUUUGUCAAGGAAUGAGCAUCCCCGUAAACCGUUGUUUGUGUGGAUUGUGGGUUAUGCAUCUGGAUGUGUAACAGCCGUACCUCUUCUGUAUUGGCGUUACUGGCACCGUAACCAGGUUUUUGAGCAAGACUCAGCUCAACAUCGCAACACUUCACGUAUUAAUGUCCCUGCUGGACCCUUUUCGCUCUCAGUUACUAGGACUUCUGAUGGGGGUGAUCAGCAUACUGCAACUACAUCUCCUAGAGGUGGUCAAAAUGCAGUAGUAACAAGUGCAAGAGUUAAAGCGCUAGUUGAAUACUUCAAAAUGGCUUUAGAUUGCUUCUUUGCUGUUUGGUUUGUGGUUGGCAAUGUCUGGAUCUUUGGUGGGCAUUCAUCUGCUAGUGAGGCUCCUAACAUGUACAGGUUAUGUAUAGUUUUUCUUACGUUUAGCUAUAUUGGAUAUGCAAUGCCCUUCAUUAUAUGUGCCACGAUCUGCUGUUGUCUGCCUUGUAUAAUCUCUGUCCUUGGAUUUAGAGAGGAUCUAUCGCAGACUAGAGGUGCCACAUCCGAAUCCAUAAAUGCUUUACCUACUUACAAGUUCAAGGCAAAUAAAAGUAGAAAUGAUGGUAGGGAAAUAAGCUCGGGUGCCGGCGAGGGUGGAGUUGUGGCUGCUGGAACUGAAAAGGAGCGCAUCAUCUCCGGAGAGGAUGCAAUCUGCUGCAUUUGUUUGGCAAAAUACGCAAACAAUGAUGAACUGAGGGAGUUGCCGUGUUCUCAUUUUAUGCACAAGGAAUGUGUGGACAAGUGGCUUAAGAUCAACGCUUCCUGCCCUCUUUGCAAGAGCGAGUUACGGGACACAAUCUCGGGCACAAGUGCCACCAUCUUAAGUUCUCUCUCUGGAGCAAACGAUAACCAGCGACGAGGUGAGGCAAGGACCGGUAACAGUUCUACCAAUUCCGCGUUUUAGUUCAAUAAUGAUAGUGUAAU